AUGUUCCUCAAUUUAAACAAUCAGCCAUCAAUCGAGUUUAUGGCAUUAGUUGUAAAGUUGUCAACAGAAAGAGAAAAGAAAAAGAAUGUAAAAGAUAACAACAAGAGCGGAGGUGUCGAAGAAGAUAACACAACAACAACAAUCAACAAUAACCAGUAUAGCCGACUAUAUAAACAACGGUAUCUCGAUUCAGAUGAGCUCGAGACUACACUAUCAUGGUUACUAUAUCUUGUCUUGAGAUGUGAUUUACCAACUAUUAAAAAGGAAUCAGCCUAUCUACUCGAUAAUGCUUUGAGAAAAAAAAUGGUGGAUAUAUAUUGUAGUUUUAUAUGUUUUUUACGUGAACAAAGUACAAAAGAUGGAAUGAUUGAAAAAGAAAAUGUCCUCAGGAUCAUGGAGUCACUUGACUCUUUUGCAAAGUCUGGUUCAGAUACGAUAGCUUUUUACGAGAUUAUGAUUAACAUCCUCAGUGAUCCCAGUCACCAUCAAAACCAACUGCGAGCAAUCAAUACCAUUGCAAAGGCUAAAUUGUAUAAACAAAACCAAAACCUUCAUCCCAUCUUGGAAUUACUUCAAUUUUGGAACUAUUCUCGUCAGAGUAACGAUCCACCCACAAUAUUGUUUUCACAUGACACUGUCGUACAAGUACUAAUCGAUCGAUUAGAACCUGAUGCUCUAUCAAUCUCUACUACUAGUCUUGUACUUUCUAUUGAUCCAAUUCAUUAUAAAUAUGUAUCAAAUAGAAUAAUCCCUUUGAUUCUAAAUAAAUUCUAUCAAUUGGAUACCGAGGAUGCCAGACAAUUUGCAUUGGUAAUACUGGUUAAUGUAGGAAAAGCUUUGGGGCUGAAAUAUUUUUCGAAAUAUCUUUAUCAAUUGGUACAACACUUUAUUAAAACUGGAUCAACCAUUCCAUGUACUGAGUAUUUUUUCAAUUUUGUUAUGGAUUUGGAUUUGGAUUUUGAUUAUUAUUUUUCAAUUUAUCUACCAUGUAUUAUAAAAUCAGUCAUUGCUCGAUUGAAAAAGGAAACAGAGGAGCAACAAUUGCAUCCUCCCAUCGACAAUAGUAUUAUGAAAUUUUUAAACUGUAUGGUCAAAUACUUGUAUCCAUAUUUCCAACAUUUAAUUGGUCCAAUAUGCAAGAAUCUGGCCAAUUUCAAAGGUAAACUAAUGUACAACAUUUUGGCAAUAACGGUUGCUAAAGAAGGAUUCACCCAAAACUCUCAAUAUUUGUUUGAAAGGUUUACAACAUCGUUGGUGUCUGGAUCAUCGUCACUGUCUCGAAAAUUCAAAUCAAAGAUCUAUGAAAUGUCAAGAAUGAUUGACUUUAUGCAACGAGGUGUUUGGACAAAUCAUCAAAUCCAAGAAUCAAUCCAAGCGUUUAUUGAAUGGGAUAAUCAAUACCUUGAAGAAUGGGAUAAUCAACAACUUGGAAUACUGGAGGAAAGCCUAAGAGAUGAGAAUGUAGUUACCGACGAUAUUGCGUACCGAUAUAGCAUUCAAAACCCUUGGAAAUCUAUGAUUGAUAACCAUAGAGCACUAUCAGAGGUUAUCAUUCGCAAGUGCAACAACGCCGACCAAAUCGAUCAAAUAUUAAUUCAACUGCCAGCCCUUGAACAAACAACCCAAUAUUAUGUGGUUUCCAUCAUUGGUUUAAAAUUGCAAUUCUUGUGUGACCAUCAACACGACAGAGUCAGGUUACAAAAAUUAAUACAACAUGUCAAAUACUCACCAUUGGUUCCAGAUUUGUUGAUGAGAUUACAUGGUAUUCGUGAUGAUGAUGUGAUAAUUAAACAAAUAAAACAACAAACACAUCCAUAUGUAUAUUUGGUUGGGUCAAUGGACAUACUCUUUAUGGUGAUCGAAAGCACAGUCGACCUUUGUUUUAAUUGCCAGAUGCAAUGGUCGUUGGGUUCUGAAAUUAGCUGCUACCAAAUCAAGGCAGACAAUGAAUUAAACUAUGGUAUUGUCCAUGCAACCGUCAACAUUUACUUGGAUUACAAUUCUUACCCUCCCCUGGACUUUGGGUCUCGUGUCGAUGUGGUCCGUACACUUGCAAUGGAUACUAUCCCACCUCUACCUCCCUAUGAACCCUACAUAGGUUAUUUUGGUUUAUUUUUGAUAGGCAACUUGUUUUACACCACUGGUAACCCUAACCCUGGCAACAAAAGUAUAUCACAAGAAAUGAUGAUAAAUGCCUCUUCAAGUUGUGACGAUUGUUUGGCAAGUUCUUUUGGAUAUCUCGAAAAUGAUUUGUUAAGAAUAUAUAUACGUACUUCCACUCUGACAUAUUCUAUUCGUUAUUUAGAAGGUAAUAUAACUAGUGGUACAAACUCUGAAUUUAGAUUAAAGUUAUACCCAUCCUUUGAUAUGAUUGGUGAUCCAUAUGAUGCGCUUUCUGCUUUUGUUAACCGUACAAGACAAUAUAAAACAGGAAAUGAGACGACACAAAAAGAAUACGACCAAUCACUGACGAUCUAUGUUAAUGGUCAAGUAGUUCAAGCCAAUGGAACUUCUUAUAACGUACCUGAUGGGAAAGUUGCACCGCCACCGUCAGAGUUUAUAGAUGUAAUAGUAAAGUUGGCAAUAGCAAGAGAAAAGAAGAAGACCAACAACAAAGAUGCUAUGAUAACUAAAAUAGAGGAAAAGGGAGAACAAGAAGUAGUACUAUCAUGGUUAUUAUAUCUUGUUGUCAAAUGUGAAUUAUCUACUAUUAAAAAACAAUCAAUCUAUCUACUCGAUAAAGCUUUGAGGAAAUAUUUUUCGGCUCUUACUACUACUACAGUUAAAUGUUGUUGGAGUUAUAAUCAAUAUAUUGUAGAAUCUAUAUUCAAUGUUUUGAUAUCUACCAAUAAUAAUAAUAAUGACAAUGAUGAUGAUGAUAGUGAAUCACAAACUCUAUUAAUAUCAAUAUUAAAUACUUUAAAUGUUGGUGUCACUCUUAAUCAACAUUUAGAUUAUCUAAAACUUAUUGAGAAUACAAUUAGAAAUCAUCUUGACAAUCAAGUCGUCAGAGAGAUCAUUCUCAAGAUCAUGGAAUCGAUUGACAUGAAGCAAUGUAUAAGCAAGGAUUGGGUUGAAACAUUGGAGGCUGAAAAUAUUUUCAACAACAUUAUGGCAAGCUUUCUCACAGAUCAUCGUAACCAUCAAUACCAAUUAAGAGCAUUUGAUAUCAUCGAAUCAAUGAAGGAAAUUAGACACAUUGUUGGGGGUAUAUACAUCCUUGAAUUAAAGCAUAUGAAAUACUACAACAAAUACGAAUUCUGUAUAGCUGGACCCAGAUUCAAGUUUUCAAAUGACCAAGUUAUACAACAUUUACUCGAUCGAAUAGAAUUGUCUGUUGAAUCUGGAUAUCCGAUAGAUCCCUAUUUGGAGAACGUUAUUAGUUUCAUUGCUCCAUCCAAAUAUAAAUGUGUAUGUGUAUUUGAUUUAAAAAGAUUUGUUUACAACAAUAAUAAUAAUAAUAUUUAA